AUGGUGGGACUAGAUCAGACGAUGUCCUCCAGUCCAACUCGCGGCACUAAGGCCCCCGGUGCCAACAGCCGACCUACCAGUAAGGACGGCUCAAAGAAGAAUAUCUGGUCGUCACUGCUAGAUGGCGUCGCCAAUGGAAAACGUUUGCCAGAGAAGAACCUUUUGAUUCUAGGGGGCACACCGGAAAGCCAGAGAGAAUUCCUGGAAACUUUCUCUGCAGAUACGUCCGCCGAUCCUGGCUUAGUGAAUGAGAAGCGAAAGGGGAAGGCUCCCCCAAUUGCGAACCAGUUUGCGUUGGGCUACACAUACCGAGACGUGCUUGAUGCAGAUCAAGAAGAUACACUGGCGCGUGUCUCGGCCUAUCUCCUGUCCGAACCCUCUCUCUCCUUUGCGCCGCUUCUCAAACCUCUCCUGACCCCUCAAUCUGUGCCUGAAACGCUCGUUGUCAUUCUUUUGGACUGGUCCGACCCAUGGACCUGGGUUCGUCGACUGAGAGAAUGGGUUCGCCUUCUCCGAUCCGUCCUUGUUUCUCUUGAUGAUGACACAAAAAUCAUAAUGGAGGAAACCAUGACAGAGUGGCGUGACCGCAAAAGAGGCGUCGAUGCCAGCUCCGGAACUACCACGGGCAUGUCAAAUUCCAGUGGUUCAGUCACAAUACCUCUGGGGCCUGGCGAGUGGGAUGAGGGCUUGGGAAUCCCGAUGUGUGUUGUUUGUCAAGGCGCCGACAAGAUUGAGAAACUGGAAAAAGAGCACGGGUGGCACGAAGAGGAAUUUGACUUCAUUUUGCAAUUCUUGCGGACAAUCUUGCUAAAGCACGGCGCAUCGCUCAUUUAUACUACACCUUUUCUUGCAAGCUCUCUCCAGGGACUGAUUCACUCCUCGUUGGGUAUACACUCUCUUCUGAAGCGGCAAUCAUUAAAACAUAAUGUCAUCGAUCGGGACAAGAUUUUCGUCCCCGCCAACUGGGACUCCUGGGGCAAAAUCCGCAUUAUUCGAGAAGGAUUCGACAUGGAAGGCGUUUCUACCGCCUGGUCCAUUGAAAUCCAGGAUGCCCCUGAACCGCUCGAACAGCCCGCAGAUGCCGGUCAUCAAGAGGAGAAAGCCGAUGAUGGUACCAGUGCCGUAAUGGUGUUCGAGCAGACCAUCAAAGACCCCAAGCGCGAUCCUAGUAUCGCCCACCCCAAUAGUACCGGAAAUGGAAAUAGCAUUGAAAUCGAAACGUCCGACAUGCAAUCCUUCCUUUCUGAACAACUUGUACACCUGGAGAAGCUCCAACUCGAGGAUGUCAAGCAUGUUGUGAACGCCCCUCCGCAACUGGAAAGAUCUCCCAUUGACGACGAGGGAAAGGUCAACGAGCACAUUGGCCCUGUUCAAUUCAACAUGGGCGGUAUCCAGGUUGACGCUGACGAUAUGUUGAAGAAGCUUCGGGAUCGCGAAGCUAGCAGAGCUCAAAGGAAAGAUGGAAACCCAACGAAUCCUGCCGAUGAGAAGGCUCACAACCAGGCCCUGGCAAGCUUCUUCGCUGGUCUCGUGAAGAAGCCCAACAGUAGUCCUCGAGGCAGCCCGUCCUCUUGA